AUGAGAAAACUAUUCAUCUGGAGGCUAGAGAAUUCAGGUAACGCUGUUGUGACAUCCAUCAUUGUCAUUGGAAUUUUUACGACAGUGAAUUAUCUGUUCCCUGUGGCGUACAGGUCCAAGUAUAGGGGAUUGGUUAUGUCGGCUGUCUAUCCUUCUUGUGACCAGACCUGGACCGACAACCUUCUUCUCUGUCCAGAAAUGAUCGGUCGACUUGGAAACACCAUGUUCGAAUAUGCAAGUGCCUAUGGCAUAGCCAAGGACGUGAACAGAACACUGGUUUUACCAGAGGAUGAUAAACUGUGGCAAAUGUUUCAUAUCACGGCAAAAGCUGUUUAUAAUCGGACAUUCACGUGCGAGAGGUGGAAGCAUGAACGGAUCGAAUUCGCAGGGAUUUGGGAGAAACUUAUCUACGAUAAAGUAAGGAAAUCUCCCGAAAAUGUAAUGCUGAGGCACUACUUUCAGUCAUGGAAAUUUUUCGAAAAAUAUAAAAAGGAAAUUAAAAACGAAUUUUCUCUGAAAAGAUCAAUACAGUAUGCCGCGAACGAGAUUCUUCGUGACAUAGCCACGAAAUUCUAUCCUGGUGGAACUCGCGUAACAUUUAUCGGAGUUCAUAUAAGACGUGGGGAUUAUCUGACACGAAGGUUUGCAUCGUUUGGGUACAAUAUUGCCCCAACGAAUUACGUAAUUCGCGCAAUACAAUAUUGUUUAUCUAAGUAUACGAAUGCCAUGUUUGUAGUCUGUUCUGAAGAUGUCGAGGAAACAAGGCAUGAACUAAAACCUCUUAACGACGCACAAAUCGAGAUCGUGUUUCAUGAAAGAUCACCGGAAGUUGAUUUUGGAUUGUUAGUGGCAUGUAACCACACAAUAAUGACAGUCGGGAGUUUUGGUUGGUGGGCUGGAUAUCUUGCCGGAGGUGACGUCAUCUACUUUAAAUAUCCUGUAAAGGAUCAUACGAAAGCACGACAUCAGUUCGAUACCAAUUUUUCUGAUUAUUUUCAUCCAGAUUGGAUAGGCAUGGAGUGA